AUGGGAUCCCCAAUGAGUCACCUGCUGACUGGCCUAUAUGUGCUGGUGGUCUUAGGGAGGGGAGGGGGCUCAGCUCCCAACCUGGACCCUGCUGAGCAGGAGCAGAACCACUACCUGGCCCAGCUGUUUGGUCUGUAUGGGGAGAAUGGGACUCUGACUGCAGGGGGCCUAGCUCGGCUCCUCCACAGCCUGGGGCUUGGUCGGGUCCAGGGACUUCACUUGGGACACCAUGGGCCUUCAGCCAGCCGGGCUGUCCCCCCAUCUGGAGACAAUGCCACAUACAGGUUGCAGGACUCCAAGCUGAGUGUGGAUGUCUGGGCAGGACUGCCUCUGGGUCCAUCAGGAUGGAAUGACCUGGAGGAACCAAAUGACGCCCAUGGGCCAGGCCCCUCAGGCUUAGACCUCUUUCACAGGCUUCUGUUGCUGGACCAUUCGCUGGCUGAUCAUCUGAAUGAGGAUUGUUUGAAUGGCUCCCAGCUGCUGGUUAAUUUUGGCCUGAGUCCUGCUGCUCCUCUGACCCCACGCCAGUUUGCUCUGCUAUGUCCUGCCCUGUUGUAUCAGAUUGACAGCAGAGUCUGCAUCCAGGCCCCAGCUCCAGCACCCUCAGGAGAUCUACUAUCUGCCCUGCUCCAUAGUGCCCUGGCAGUGCUGCUGCUCAGCCUCCCAGCUCCUUUCUCCCUGCUGCUGCUGAGGCUCCUGGGACCUCGUCUCUUGCGACCCCUGCUGGGCUUCCUGGGGGCCCUGGCCGUGGGCACUCUUUGCGGGGAUGCACUGCUACACUUGUUGCCACACGCACAAGGAGGGCAACAUAUGGGGCCUAGUGGACAACCAGAGGAAGACCUGGGUCCAAGGCUGUCAGUGCUUGGAGGCCUCUUCCUGCUCUUCAUGCUGGAGAACAUGCUAGGGCUUUUGCGACACCGAGGACUGAAGCCAAGAUGCUGCAGAUGGAAAAGACGAGAUCCUGAGAGACCAAAUCUGGAUUCAGAGGAUGGCAAUGGGAUGGUCCUUCAGCCUCUGCAGGCAGCUCCAGAGCCAGGGGCUCAAGGCCAGAGGGAGCAGGGCAACCAGCCGUCACUAACUCCAGCCCCUUCUGGGCACCUAGGCCACAGCCACAGGCCCCAAGGUGGCGGUGGUGGCACCAACAUCACAUGGAUGGUCCUCCUGGGAGAUGGUCUGCACAACCUCACUGAUGGGUUGGCCAUAGGUGCUGCCUUCUCAGCUGGGUUUUCCAGUGGCCUCAGUACUACCAUAGCAGUCUUCUGCCAUGAGCUGCCCCAUGAAUUGGGGGACUUUGCAAUGUUGCUCCAGGCAGGACUGCCCUUUCGUCGGCUGCUACUUCUGAGCUUGGUGUCUGGAGUCCUGGGACUUGGGGGUGCUGCCUUAGGGGUGGGGCUCAGCUUGAGCCCUGUCCCUCUCACGCCUUGGGUAUUUGGAGUCACAGCUGGGGUCUUCCUCUAUGUGGCCCUUGUGGACAUGCUACCGGCCCUGCUUCGUCCUCCUGAUCCCCUCCCUAUGCUGGAUGUGCUUCUCCAGGGCCUGGGGCUGCUGCUGGGGGGCAGCCUCAUGCUCACCAUAGCACUGCUGGAGGAGCAGCUGUUGCCGCUGGUCUCUGAGGGCUGA